ACUAGUUUCACGACCAUAGUAAUAACAACAACAACAAAGAACGCGACGCCCACCGCUGCCCCAUUCUCACUCCUCCGAGCCGCCGAUUGCUUUGCCUCAGGAGCGUUGUUGAGUAAGAAAUACGUAAUAGACUUGGAGGUGUUCGAACAACAGGCGACCGCUCUCGAACAAGAACUGGCAAAUUUGGAAAGAUGGGAAUGCGAAUUUCGGGAAGACAUACACCAACAGCUGCGCGACCGAAUAGAAAAAUUGGAGAGAGACGUUCGAGAUUGUCGCGAGGUGGUGUGCCGACUCAAACACACAUCGUCACAGAGUCUCGACCGCAGCCAAAGCCCAAUAGCGAUAAAAACUUCUCUGUCGUCGGGAACGUCGGAACGACCGGACAAGCAAACGUACCCUGACGCAGACAUCGUAAUAAAAUACGAGAUGAGCGUACUGGAGGAGCAAGCCUGGCGGACCCCCUCGCCACCGACGCGAAUACCGAUCGCGACACAAUCUCCGGACCGAACACUAGUCCAACGGAAGAGCAAGUCGCCCGUAUCUAUGCAGAUUACGAAGAACAAUAAGGCGUCGGUCACACCGACGCAAGAGCCAACACCUUCGACGAGUAGAGGAGUGGCCCGAGCAACAACAUGGAUGGAGAUAAGUCGCAUCGUCGACCUAGAUACAAGUGAAGAGGAGAUUGACGUAGAAGCCCUAACGCCGCCGAGAGACACACUACAAUUAAAAUCUAUGAUAAAAGUGAAUAGAAUUGAUGAGGUAGAUGCGUCAUUGAUAUUAGAAAACCGUACGAGGGGCAAACCACGUAUAGAUCAUAGGAUGCAAUUAGAUAACCGGACGCGAAGAGAAAUCCGAGCCGAUGAAAAGAUAACCAAAUUCAUUGGAACAGAGACACGGAGAGGCCCACAUCACCACAGAAAAUCAAUGAUGCGUGAGCGUAAAAAGGCCACGUGGCGUAUCAAAACGAGGGAAGGCUACCCGGCGGGAGUGGCGAGCAAAAUACGCCAAGAGAGAGAACAUAGAAGGAAGGAAAAACGCAAUAAGAGGAAGAGAGAACAUCAACAAGCCGAAUCAACGGGCGCUAGGAACCAGCACCUCAUCCACUACCAAACAGCUACCUCAGAGAAGUCGAGUGGCGCCGAGAAUGCGAGCGUGCCGUCCGCAUACAUUGCGCCAGGCGGGAGUAUGCAGCAGCACGCGGUUGCAGGCCGGGCGAUCGAGACGCAUGUUGAGACAGCCGCAGCGGGGCUACUCAGGAGAGAUGAGAGAGGCGCCGAGGUCGUGACACAACGUAAGAUAGUAGAGGAGUGAGCAAAAGCUAGUCCAGGCGGGCAGAGCAGCGUCUACAUUGGAGUGAAGGCCGAGGAGUAGGAGGUAUCUAAUCCAACUCGUAAGCCGACCUAACCCGAAACGACAAAGUGGACCGAGCAGACCAAACCGAUUAUGUUCGGGCGAGGACCUAACCCACAUGAUCCUUCAUUCACUGAUGCAGUCCAACUCAACCUAACUUAAUUCGAAUAAGUAGUAACACUAAGAAGUUGAAUUGUAGUUUGUUGAAUUAUACAGUAAAAACUAAAUAUUGAAAAUAGAUUAUUUGACAAAAAACUAAUUUUGAAUUAGUUUGAGAGAUCCGCGAUAUGUUCAAGUAUUAAGUAAGAAAUAUUUUUAUCAUAUAUAAAACUUAUUUUAUAAUAUUAUAAACGUAACAGUAUUAAAACAUUAAAAGUAUAUUGUAAAUUAUAUUUACACAAAAAAAUAAAGAAAAUACAAAUAUAAGUAGGAAUAUAGCGAUUUUUAAUAAGUUACAAAUCGAAAUAUCAAGAGACGCUGUAGCGUCUCGCGCCAAGUGAACGCGCGAAGCGAGGAACGGCGUAAGACCGGCCGCGUAUAACUUACGCCGACCAACUAGUUCAACGUAGGCAAGAUUUCUCGUUCGGUUAUAACGGCUAAUCGGAUGAAUUUCUGGAUAGGCUCUAUCGAUUCCUUGGAAUUGAUUUACUUCAUAAAACUAUCUUUAUAUUUGUCCUACAUAGUUCAUGAGAGAAGAUAUUUUAGUGGAAAGUCCGAAAUGGCAAAAUUUUACGAUUAAGAAACGUUCUAUUAAUGUCAAUCUCAGCCUUUCUCCGUCAGAGGCGCCACUCAGCUGCGCAGUCAGCGACGCAUGAACCAUGUGGUUAAGUCGUGUACACGUGUUGGUGUCAAGAGACGCGGUAGUAUUUUGUACAAAACAAAGUAAGAAUCGCGUAAGUGAGAAGGAGAAUGUUAACCUCUUCUUCUCGUUCUCACUCGCUGACACGACCGUUUUUCAAAACAGCGACUGAAAAAGAGAAUAUUUUCGUUUUCACUCGGCGUUUCAAAGCAACUGAGUGCUCGCAUCGUACGUAUAAGCCAAGCGUUUAUAGAAGAAAUACAGUCUUCUGUUAAAUUGAUACGCAAAUCUUGUAAAAUUAUAAUUAUUUAUGAAACUUAUGUCAAAUUUGUGUGUGUUUUAUAAAUAUGCAAUCAUUUAUGAAAAAAAUUUGAUAUACCUGUAAACCAUAAAUGUGAACAAUACCUAUCUUUUUAAAAAAAAGGUGAAAAAAGACGCCAAGUUCACGCUUCUUGCCUGCACGAGUGGAAUUAUACAAAAAUUAAUGUUUCUAUAAAAAAUAUUUUAUUUGUAAAAUAACAUUUAAAAAUGUUAAUAAAAAAUAUUGUUGUUUAAACUUCUAUUUUUUACAAAAAA